GAGAAAGUCCGCUGGCAAGAAAUGAGCCGGGAGGGGUCAUCCGGGAGAGAAGUACGCAUGUAGAAGAGCCCGACGAUCUCAAUCCCACCGCUGGUAAAAAAAAUGCAUUGUCUGGUGUGGGUGAUAGCGGGAUGCAUGCCGGAAUAGAUGCGCAGUGAGGUUUUGUUUUGUGAACACCUAUUCGCAGGUCUCAAAAUCCUCCAACCUGGCGCUAGCAAGCAGCCGGCGGUGGAAGUCCAGCUGGCAUCACCGGUUGUGGGUGUAGCCGUGGAAAGCGCCCACAAAGAAUUGCAUACUGCCUUGCUGGACUUUCGUGCCGAUAGAGCUACGGCGCACUGUCACGGAGUUGGUGCAGCCGAUAUCAUACCCAAAGGCCAGGCCAGGCCCAAAAGUGUCAAGGCACCGAUCCAGGACUGCAAGCGAGUAUUUGGAUAGCUCGCCGCUCCUGAUCAUGUCGACAGACCAGAGGAUGAAGGCGUGCCGACACACUGCCAGGAAAUGGCCGGUUUCUUCAAACGCCUGCCGGAAUGUGCCAGCAUCAUCUCUGGCUUGAGCCGCCUUCCACUUGCUUGCACAUUGGGCCAGCUGUUCAUCUGCCGGUUGGCCCGGCAACCUGUCGCUGGCACCGUCAUCUGCUUGCUUGUCAUGUAGACCGGAUGUUGGAUCGGCGAGUCCAGCCGCCCUUCUCGAGCCGGCAUCGCGGGGGUAGGCAUUCACGAUUUGCGGCGGGAUAAUAUAGUCGGUCUCGAAUGUCCGUUCAUCUUGAUGGCCAGCACUCCGGAAUUGUUUCGACGAGUUAUUGCCAUCCCCGCAAAAAAGCAUGCUGUGCGGGAGUGGGUCCUCACCGUCCAGCUUGUACUGGCAGGUGGGGCAGGAGUUGCGAGCCCGCCAGUCCGGCUCAUGCUGCCGGAAAGCCUGUGCGAGGAGUCGUUCCACGCUCUGCAGCAGCCGGACGUAAAUGUCAUAGGCCUGUGAGAGCUGCUGGCGAAAACUCCGUAUGUAAACGACCCCAUGCAAAUCACAAAGUGUCCUGGCCCAGCCUUCAUGUGAGAUGUAAGCCCAUAGACAGGCAUGGUGGUACACCUCCAGGACAUCCAAUGACAGGGCCAGGCGCGGUAAUUCUGGGGAGCAGGGCAGAUACCCCGCACAAAUAAUUGCCCGGAUGGGAUGAGACGGCUGGCUUUGACCUGCGCGCGGAAAUGCCCGUAUACCGAUUCCUUGCCAAUCCACGGCCCGAAGGUAGUAGCGGGCUGUUUCCGUGCUCCCCCCCCCCGGCAUCUUCUGCCGGUUUGGGUGUGCUGCUUGCCUCGUGAACCCGGGACUCCUGCCAGUGCAGGAAGUCUCAGACAAGCUCCGGCAACAGGGCAUCCCAAGCAGCAUGCUGCUGAGCCAGCCGCUGUGCGUGCAUUCCACGGCCAGGGAGAUGUCUGGUUCUUAUCCCUCGGAUUUCAUCCCACGCCUCCAGGAUGGGGUUCCUGCCAUCUGGCCCCUCCAUCUCAACAUCUUCCCAAGGCCCGGUCCCGUGCACCCCACCUUUGUGUUCCUGCACCUGCCAUUCCUGCUGGACAAACUGGGCGGCGGCAGCUUCAUGCGGAUCAGCGGCAAAGUGAUCCCAGCAGGCUGCGUUGACUUGCCUUGCACGCUCAUCGAGGCCGGAGAUGUUGUAGAUGCCAUGGUGGCUUGCGGUGUCUGUUUCCGGCUGUGACUCAGCUGCCAGAGCAGCUCGCCACUGUUCCAGCCGUUCAGCAAGGGUGGUGCGCUCCCGGUUCCUGCGAGCAGCCAAGUGAGCCGGCGUAGGGUGCAAAACCGGCGCAAUAAUCAGGCGGACAUGGCGGGAAGUGGAGCCCAUCCGUUUUGAUGGUCCAGGAGGAGAUGCGGUGGCGGACAGAGGUGGC